CGUGAUAACGUUUAUCGGUUUUUAUCAUAAUGUAAGAGCUAAGAGUCUUCAUUUAGUUCUCACUACAUUUGCUGAGCAGUAGGUACUUACAUAUCAAAGAAUAAAUCAAUUACAACAUACACAAUGACUUCAAAUAAUUCGUGCAAAUCGGGAAAAAUCGUUGUUAUUGGAUCGUGUAGUGUUGAUUUCACCACAUUUGCGCCACGGCUUCCAGGUCCCGGGGAGACCCUAGUAGGCACGAAGUUUAUGACAAGCUUUGGUGGGAAAGGAGCAAACCAAUGUGUGGCAGCUGCUAAAUUAGGGGGAGAUACUUAUAUGAUAUGUAGACUAGGUGAUGACCAAUGGGGAAAGAACUAUAAAGACCACCUCCAAGAAGUUGGCAUCAAUGUGUCCCAAGUCAAAGUCACUCAUAAUACUACUUCAGGAAUUGCUCAAAUAAAUGUGGCUGAAUCAGGGGAGAAUCAAAUUGUUAUUGUGCCGGGAGCAAAUGCAAAAUUGAGCACUUCUGAUGUAGAUGCUGCAUCUGAACUCAUUAAAUCAGCUGAUAUUCUGAUUGGCCAACUGGAAACACCUUAUGAGACAACAUUGGAGGCUUUCAAAAUUAAUAGAGGAUUGAAACUGCUAAAUGCAGCCCCAGCCAGGACAGACAUUGCUGAAAUUCUCAAGUACUGUACCAUAUUGUGUGUCAAUGAACCUGAGGCAUCUUUACUGACUAAUCUUACUGUGGACAGUGUGAAAGCAGCAGUUACUGCAUUGAGCAAGUUGCUGGAAAUGGGAUGUGAAACUGUUAUCAUAACACUUGGGGAGAAAGGAGCAAUCUUUGCAUCUGUGAAAGACACACAGCCCAUACAUGUGCUGUGCGAUCCAGUAGUUCCAGUAGAUACUACUGGUGCAGGAGAUGCUUUCGUUGGAGCUUUGGCCACAUUUUUAGCGACAAAGAAAGAUUAUCCAAUGCACCAAGUAGUUGGAGCUGCAUGUCAUGUCGCCUCUUUAUCAGUUACCAAAGAAGGAACACAAACCAGCUAUCCAACCAACUAUAACGCAUUUAAUAAGGAAUAUCAAUAUAAAAGGCUGUGAUAAUUAAAAAACAAUGGUUUAACCAUCAAGGUGUCUAUAUUUUAAACAAACUUGAGAGACAUACUGUAUUUUAAGAAUUAACAUUCAGAUAAGUCAUACAUUCUCUAUAUUUGAUUAUUGUAAAAUAAACACUAAUAUUUUUACAAAGCUA